CUAGGACUUCUCCAGGACUUAGCGUAGCGCUACCAGCUCUAGGACGUAGUUUUGUUUUCGGCUCUUCAGCAGCCAUUCAUGUCUGCCAGCUUUCCUGGUAGGCCCACACCUAACCUAAUCUAAAGAAAUUUCUUUAAGCUGUGACUUGAGAAAAAAUGUCUGUCUCCGCCGUUCCUACUUCUGUUUCGCCCAAGCAGGACACGGACUUGUCAUCACCGCAACAACGGCACGAAAAGGGGCAAAGUUCCUCUUUACCGCGGAAGCAAGGGAACGAGAAUUGUGGGCCAUCGCCGUCCUCUUCUUCCUCUGGCCCUAAUCUCACCUUCAGCGGAAAUGGGCCAGUAAAACACGAGACACCAAAAGCCGUACGCCUGAAGCCUUGGGUCGCCAAGAACCUGUUUGGGAAGGACCGGACGAUAGCCGCCUCGUUUCCCGCAGAUCUGCUCACUGAUGCGAACACAGUGCUGUUCUAUUUGCGGAAGAAACGGAAGGUAAAGCUAGGACCUGAGCGCAUAGCCAGAGUGGAAGAGGCUUUAGACAAACACUGGAAGGGAUCUCCCGAAGCGACGAGUACUAGCUUAGCAAAGAUUGACAUCGAUGUUGAACAAGCAGCGACGUCUUCUUCUUCUACAGCGACAUAUGCUUCUACGACAAGCACAAGCUCUGUUCCGCCAUUGCAAUUGCUUGCGACUUUGGUGGAAAAGUGGCGGGUUGAGGCGCAAAGUAUUGGAUUUUGCGCUGAUUCGUAUUAUGACACUCAGAGGGUCGAAAGCUACAGUAAGCGACUGACUGGUACAACACGAGAAGAAGUGGAUGUGGAGGGAAGUGGAACGAAGCGACAGAAAUUAGACACAGGGGGAGUAGGAGAGCAUCCUACGGCUCCUGUGACUGGGAGCAACCAAGACGACUCGGAACAAAACGUGGACCCUGGUUCUGGCGGCAGUCAAUCAGCAUUAGCACGAACGUGUGUCGCCUGCUUGGAUACCUCGUCAAAUACGCCUAAGAUUUUUGCAGACUACGGUUGUGGCAGUGGUCUGAGCUCUUGUGAGUUUCCAUCGGAUUCGUUUGUGCUCGGCUUUGAUGCUUCUCGUGCAAUGCUGGAGCGUUUUGCGGGCAAUGUGAGAGGACACAUAGUAGCAGGCCAUAGUGGCUGCAGGAGUGCUCCAAAAAUAACGCAGCCUUCGUUCAGAGGAGACGCAAUAUUUGCCGACCUUUCUCAAGGUGUACCCCUGCGACCGGGUGUGCUGGAUGGAGCAAUUUCAGUAGCCUGUCUGCACUACUUGUGUACGACUGGGAGCGACAAUCGCUCAGGGAAGGAAAGGUAUAGGACAUUUGUGAGAACCGCGAAUGCAGCAGCAGGGAGACCUCAAUCGUCAACAUCAUCAUCUGGAGCAACAGCGAGACUUGGAUCAUCAUCCGGACGUGCG